AUGCCAUUACCGCUACUACGCCACGACUUGCAUUAUAAGGACCUAGAAUCGACCUUAGGUUUGGCAGAAGGAGCAUCAAUUUCAAGUUCUGCAAACCAAACUGAUGAACUUUAUGAUCCUAAUUUCAAAUCCGAAACCUUCUUUUACACUUUGGGCAAAACAGCUCAAGAGAGACGUGAAUCUAUACUUGCAAAUCGACAUGAAAAGGCUGAAUGGAAUGUUGAAACCUUUGAUGAAUUCCAGAAACUAUCUGUCACCAACCAGAAAAUGGCAUGGACUUUGCACAAGAACAUUCUUCAGGACUAUUUGGCCCUAGCAGAGGACUCGAAUUCGAUACUGGCUGAAAAGGAUGAUGCCAUUCUCCAGUUACAGGAACUGAUCCAGAGCAACGAGCAACAAAUCACAGAGCAACAAACAAUUCAGAAAUAUCUUGAAAAGCAAACCCAACAAGCUCUGAAGAAUGAACCAGGACACCACUCUCACAGUCGACUGUCAGCUCGGAUUCCAAACCCUCCAAUCCUCACAGAUGGGAUAGAGCCAGCAUUUGAAGACUGGGUUAUGAAAAUUCGCCUCAAGCUCGAAGCCAACAUUGAUCAUUUUCCAACACAGACUUUACAAAUGAGCUACAUUCAGAGUCGACUGGGAGGACUGGCAGUUCGAUAUGUCAAUCCAAGGCUUCGACCAAACUCUAUAAAAAAUGACUUUGGCUUCCUUUUGUCUUCUUGUUCCUUGAUCCGCUAG